UUUACAUUUUAAGAUAGAUGUUUAAAUACUAAUGUACUUUUUCCAUUUUUUUAAAUUGUGUAUUUCCUUUUCUUAUACUUUCUAUUUGCGUAAUAUAUAUAUUUUACAUUUUAAAAUAGAUGUUUAAAUCUUAAUAUACUUUUUCCAUUGUUUUUAAGUUGAGUAUUUCUUUUUCUUAUAUUUUCUAGAGUAAUUGCACUCUACACAUAAGAAAAAUCAUGUAAUUAGCUAUAUGCACAUUUGGUGCUUACUUAGGAAUUGUCGACAAUUACAUGGACCAUUAUACCCUUUUUAUUUUCUACAUGCAUUAUGUUUUCGUGAUGCCCACAGCUUUUAGUAAAUCAUAUACUGUAUCUGAUAAACCAAAUAUAUACAAAAUGUAUUCUGUCAAACAACUUGAUUAUAUUCUAAUGUUUUUGAAAAGUUUCCCCUUAUCGUAAAAAUCUAGACACCCAAAGGCACUUCUUCUUCUAUUUAUAUUCAACUGUUCUAUAUUCAAAAAAAAGUUCAACUGUUCUUUUCUUGUUUGAUACAUAUCCGACAUAACUCCUCUCUUAAAAAUCAGUUUUAUUCUCUUCAAUUUCUUAAUGGAUCCACACGUAAGUGAGACGCCACAUCCAGAAUUUUCCCGGAGGAUGUUCGCGUUUGGAGAAGAACAAGUGGGCAUUAAGGUUACUGAAGAUCAAAAAUCUUCUUGUAUCUCCAAAAUUAUCAACGCUUUAGAAGAAGAAGAAGAAAUUGUUGUCAACAGAGCUUCUACUUUUGAAAAACUACUAGCAAUAGCAAAAGAAACCUCCAUUCUCGGGCUGUUUUGGGCGUUUCCUUAUAUCCAGGCAAUUGAAAGUUUUGAAGAGGCACGAAAUCUGGUUCUUUUUGCUGGUAAACCGGUAAGGUUCUCUAUAAGAGAAUUCACGUUAGUUACGGGUCUAAAUUUCCGUAGAUUCCCACCACAUUCCAAGAAGAGGAGCACGAAGAAUAUCUCUUGCAAGGCGCAAGUUAUUUCCAUAAUUUCGGCUGGUGUUGAACAAAGUAAUGUCAACCCAGAACUUGGCUGGUCCGACGACGAAGAAGAUGUUCAAGUUGACAAUAUUGCCAUUUCACAGGCGGAGCCACCAAAGCUGAUGUUAUCCGGAUGUGUGAUGAAGCCAAAAAGGAAAACAUAACUUGUAAAACAGCAAGACCCAACCCAAAACAACCUGUUUCCCAUGCAACGGACGCCGACAAUAAUAUCUCUAAACUAUGCUAAAGAUUUGUCAAGUAGUUCUAACUUUGAAAUAUCUUUGUCAAAACUUUACAGAACCUGUUACAAAAAUGGAAAAUCAAACUAACAAGACCGUUUAACUCGGCUAAAAUAUGAAUUAUCCGGUCAACAAAAAGACAUGUCAACGAAAACAAAAUUAUGAAAUCAUUCCCACUUGUAAUCAUUAUCAGACAAUGCUAAAAUCUCGUACUAUCAUGCUAACGUUUCUAACAACACAGUUAACCUUCCAAUUAUCAGGUUUUAGACAUCAAUGAAAAGCUAAAACAACCUAUAACUGCGUAAAUAUAUUUACACAUUGUCUUACCAAAAAAAAAAUAUAUAUAUAUAUAUAUAUUUACACGACCAACACAAAGACAGUCGCAAA